ACCUGUGGAUCAACCAGUACCCUGAAUAGAGUAGGUUUCGUUAAUUUUUUAUUUGUUUUCCUUCAGUCCUUCGCUUGCGAUCGAAGCAACCUCGUCUUUCUUUCGAGAGCGUUCUUUCAGUCAGAAUUUACUUGUACUAAUAGUUCGAAAAUGCGAUAAAAAUAUACAGUGGAGAUAUGAACACUACCAGCCUCGAAAACAGAACCAGGUAUGUUAAUUCAGCCUUCAACCUCGUUCCAGAAGACAGCAAUUGGAUCAUAACGAAUUCCUUUAUUAUCUUCACAAUGCAAACUGGUUUUGGAAUGUUGGAAUCAGGUUGUGUUUCGCUUAAAAAUGAAGUCAACAUAAUGAUGAAAAACGUAGUAGACAUUGUUCUUGGUGGUCUAACUUACUGGAUAUUUGGAUUUGGUAUGAGUAUCGGAAGAGAUGAGCCUAAAAAUCCCUUUAUUGGAAUUAGUGGGUAUUUGAUAGAUCCUUCGGUUGAGGACGAAUUAAUGGGACCUAUCUGUGCAGCUUUUAUUUUCCAAUUAAGCUUUGCUACUACUUCGACAACAAUAGUCAGUGGUGCGAUGGCUGAACGAUGCAACUUUAAAGCUUAUUGCUUGUUUUCUUCGCUCAACACGAUCGUGUAUUGUAUACCGGCUGGAUGGGUAUGGGGAGACCAUGGUUUUCUCAAAAGUAUGGGUGCUGUUGACAUAGCUGGUUCUGGCACAGUGCACCUCGUCGGUGGAGUUUCCGCUUUAGCCUGCGCUAUGAUGCUCGGACCAAGAUUGGGAAGAUACGAUAAUGGCAUCGAUCCUUUACCGAUGGGUUGUCCGGUGAAUGCCAUCAUGGGUCUGUUUGUUCUUUGGUGGGGUUGGCUGGCUUUCAAUAGUGGGAGUACUUAUGGCAUCAGUGGCCGGAAGUGGACCUAUGCCGCAAGAGCUGCGGUUUCAACGAUGAUGGGUAGUGUGGGUGGUGGUUUGGUUGGCCUUGGUUUCAGCCUGACUAAUCCUAAAGGAAUAGACAUUCUUAGUCAAAUCAACGGAAUUCUCGGGGCGCUCGUGUCGGUCACAGGUAUUUUUUGGGAGCAUGUAAGAAAAUUAAGUAAUUUGAUCUCGGUCUCAUUUUAGAGUAGUUAUUAAGUGGGGAUUCUCUUGUAAAAUUAAAAAAACUGAUUUUCUUUUUUCUUCAUACAUCGAAAGUACAUCUUUGAAGUAUGCACACGCAAUUUUAAAAUCGAAAUAAUAAUGUAAGUUACAGCCAAUUUAGUGCGACGCGUCAGAUGAAGAAAUUCGGUAGAGUGUCGAGCGAAAAACCCGUAGCGUUGAAAGAUGCGAGAAUCGCGACCUGUGCGUUAAAUUUGAGCGAAACGUUACAGAUCAAGAAAGACAUUACAGAUCAAGAAAGUAGAGUUUCGAGCCAAACACAGUUUUCAACGAGAAAUUCGUAG